UUAUGCAGAUGAGUUCUGCAAACCAGCGCACAUCAACAGGGAUAAUGUCUCGUGGAUUGAUGAAGCUUAAGGCCAUGCCUAAGGCUUUGAAGGAGAAGGUUAUCAAUACUUACAGGACAACCAAAGAGAUAGGGCAAGACGACCCAAGAAGAGUCAUUCAUGCCCUCAAAGUAGGAAUUACGCUCACUCUGGUGUCUCUAUUCUACUAUUAUCAGCCACUAUAUGACAGUUUUGGUCUCUCUGCAAUGUGGGCUGUUAUGACCGUAGUUGUAGUCUUUGAGUACUCUGUGGGAGCCACUCUAGGAAAAGGUUUAAACAGGGGAUUAGCUACGCUACUUGCUGGUGCUCUUGGUGUCGGAACUCAUUACUUAGCUGACCUAUCUGGACAGACAAUAGAACCUAUACUGCUUAGCUUCUUUGUGUUUCUUCAAGCUGCAAUAGCAACAUUUAUGAGAUUCUUCCCCGAAAUCAAAGCAAGAUACGAUUAUGGGUUGCUCAUAUUCAUCUUGACAUUCUCACUGAUAUCUGUAUCUGGUUUUCGAGAGGAUGAAAUUAUAGAGAUGGCACACAGAAGGCUCUUCACCAUUUUCAUUGGGGGCUCUGCAUGUGUCAUGAUAUCCAUUUUUGUUUGUCCUGUGUGGGCCGGUGAAGAACUCCACAGCUUAAUUUCCCUUAACUUGGAAAGUCUCGCCAACUUCUUACAAGCGUUUGAAGAGGAGUAUUUUAGAACAUCUAAGGAAGGAGAUUGUAAGGAUGACAAGACCGCCUUGCUGGAGGGGUACAAAAAUGUCCUCAAUUCAAAGAGUACUGAAGAGUCAUUGGCUAAUUUUGCAAGAUGGGAACCGGGUCAUGGGAGGUUCCAAUUUCGUCAUCCGUGGGACAAAUACCUUGAAGUUGGAACGCUUACCCGACAAUGCGCCUAUCGAAUGGAAGCUCUGAAUGCUCAACUGAACUCUAACCUCCAAGCAUCGCCAGAGAUUAAGAGCAUAAUCCAGGAGGCUUGUUCAGCCAUGAGUUUGGAAUCAGCGAAAGCUCUGAAGGAGCUGGGAGUGGCACUGAGUACAAUGAAGAAGCCAUGCUUUGCGGAUACCCAUAUUUCCAACUCAAAAUCUGCUGCUAAGAGCCUCAAUUCACUGCUCAAAUCAAGCUUAUGGAAAGAAACAGAUCUUUUAUCAGUCCUUCCAGCAGCCACAGUGGCUUCCUUGCUAAGUGAUAUUGUUGCCUGCACUGAGGAAAUUGCAGAAGCUGUGAAUGAACUUCCCUCGCUCAUGGAGUUCGAAACUGUGGAAACAGCUAAACCCCCAAACAGAACACAGUCUACUCCACAUGGUGAUAAUAACCCCCACGUAGUGAUUCUGGUUGAAGAUUCGACUCCAGCCAAUUCACCAGAAUCUAAGUCAGCGUCUGAUCAACAUAACACAAACAGAGUGUGACAUAUAUGUAUGCGUCAGUUGAACAAAGUGAACCAUCCUUAAUAUGAGAUCAUAACUUACUGUAUGGCAUAAAGUUAUGCUAUAGUCGGUUCAUUUAAUUACUAUAUUUGUGAGUAUCUGACUAGUAGAUGUGCGAUUGUAAGCUCCUGUGCAAAUAAGGAAAAUCCAUCAUGUGGUUUUCUUGA